UGUGCCUUCACAUCCUGUAUAUUUCUUCUGGAAUUUGAAGUCAGAGUAGACUGUAUGCAUAUUCUUCGCUGCUUAAGUAGACAAAAUGAGUUCCCAAAAGUCUUGAAAAUUACGUUUACUUCGUUAUUUUGACUAAAACUUAUACGAGUUUGAUCAUCGUGCUGUGGAAGUCUGGUAUAUUCUGGCAAACCGUUUCCCAACCCUGACCAGCCUGUCUGAAACCGUUUCCUUAAGAGGUUUAUAAUGGAUCUGAGAGAGUACUUGAAAAGGAUUGGGUUUACAGGACAGUUAAACAAACCUGACCUGGAUAGUUUGUUCACCAUCCACAAGCUGCAUGUUAUGAGUGUCCCAUUUGAGAACCUCAGUGUUCACAAUGGGGAGAAGAACUCAAUGGACCUGCGUGUUAUCUAUAACAAAAUAGUCGAGAGCAAUCGAGGAGGCUGGUGUUGUGAAAACAACCUCUUGUUCUCAUGGGCUCUGAAGGAGAUGGGAUACAAAUCUACCAUACUGAGCGGCAGAGUGUUUAACUCUCUGGAACAGGACUUCCUUCCUAAUGACUCUCAUCUCAUCAAUCUAGUGGAGAUUGAUGGAAAGCAGUACAUCGCUGACGUGAGUUUUGGAGUGUCUUGUCAAAUCUGGUAUCCCUUAGAGUUGAUCUCAGGUAAAGACCAGCCACAGCCUCCAGGAGUGUUUCGCCUCACAAACAACGGUGAGAAGUGGAUUCUGGAGAAGACCGGAAGGAAGCAAAUAAUUGUAGAUAACGGCUUUGCUGAUUCUGGCCUUGUUGACAAACGGCUCAUCAAAACAAUAUAUUGCUUUACAUUAACACCACGUGUUGUAGAGUAUUUCCUCAAGAUGUCGGUUAUGUUGCAGACUAAUCCCAGCUCUCUGUUCAUGCUCAAGACCAUUUGCUCCCUUCAGACGGCCACUGGAUUUAGGGCUCUGAUUGGUUGGACAUACAGUGAAGUCACUUUCAAAGAGGACUCAGACUCAGUGGAAAUGAAGAAAAUCCCAGAUGAUGAGAUUGAAGCUGUGCUGAAAGAAAAGUUUAACAUGGUGUUGAUUAAUAAGUUCACACCUAAAAAUAACAAAGCUUUUUACUCAAUUUAGGAAUCUGCUACUCUCUACUGGUGGAUUGGUGGAAUGCUAGUGCAGCCAGACUAAAACUAAAGACGGUUUCAUCAUAGCAUUUAUUCAUUGUUAUACUCUCUGAUGAUUUGAAGUGCUUCUUUUAUCCUUACUUGUAUAUCACUUUGGAUAAAAGUGCUAAAUGAGUAAAUGUGAAUGUAAAAAAAGGGAGAUCUGCUGUUUAAAACAUGUCAGUGACCUUGAGAAUGAUCGUCUAAAUCAGUAGUCACCAAACUUGUUCCUGGAGGGCCGGUGUCCUGCAGAUUUUAGCUCCAACCCUAAUCAAACACACCUGAACAAGCUAAUCAAGGUCUUACUAGGUAUACUUGAAACAUCCAGGCAGGUGUGUUGAGGUAAGUUGGAGCUAAAUCCUGCAGGGACACCGGCCCUCCAGGACCAGGAUUGGUGACCCCUGGUCUAAAUAAUUCUUGUGUGAGUGUUAAUACUAGCCGAAAGUGAUCUACAGAGACAUUUCUGUCACUGAGGUCUUUGUAGCACUCAGUCUUACAUCCUUGACAAACUGAUGUCCUCAUCUGAAGCUGUGUUGAGUUUGUCUUUAGGGCACAAAACUUCUGCCCUGGAUACAGGCCAGAUCCAAGAUUAUGUGUUCCCAGUUCUGUUAUAUACUUAGCCAUGAUUAUUACAGCCUAAUAAUCCUUUGAAGAUUUGGAUUUUAACCCCUUAACUGUCUCCAUCCUCGAAAUCAAAACCUGAACUUUUUUUUUGCAAACUGUUUAUAAUAUUACGCAUAUAUUACCUAUUUUCACCUGCAAAUUCUGUAUUUGGGGUGAUAGUUAAGAGGUUAAAGUUUGCAUUUGUCUUUUACUUGUAUGCUAGUGCAGAAAGAUUUGUCUUUUACCAAGAUUUAGGGUGGGUUUUAUUAUACUAUUUAACUUCAUCAUUAUUCUGAAAUUAAAAGGGGGAAGCUAUAAGCUAGAGCAAGUAACAUAUUAUAAAGUUACUAUGCUAUCAUGACAAUGUAUGUAAACACUUAGUUCUUUUGCAUCUAUGCUCUGGUGUCAAAACAGUUGCUGACAUAGACCUGUGAUAUCUCUGGUGACCGCAAGCCGGCAGAGAGCCAAGAAUAACAGGACCACCUAGAGCAGUGGUCACCAAACUUGUUCCUGGAGGGCUGGUGUCCUGCAGAUUUUAGCUCCAACCCUAAUCAAACACACCUGAACAACCUAAUCAAGGUCUUACUUGGUAUACUUGAAACAUCCAGGCAGGUGUGUUGAGGCAAGUUGAAGCUAAACCCUGCAGGGACACCAGCCCUCCAGGAACAGGAUUGGUGACCCCUGACCUAGAGUAAAAACCUAUCCAAAGAUAGUCAAAAGUUAAAACGAGACACCUAGGCGUGUGUCAAAUAAUCUGUAUAAAGAUUGUGGAAAACACAGAGACUUUAGAAAGAGGAUUGAAAGAGAAAGAGGAGAAGGAAAGAAAGAAUGGAAUUGUCCAGGAGUGACUUCAGAAUGCUCUGAGGUCUGCUCUGCUCUUUCUCUGGUUUAUUAUGGUGAAUAAAGUUUGAUAAAUUUUCUGAUAUUCAAAACCUCCAGUCUGAUUAUUUCUAAUUGAUAAGAAGUUUGAAUACGACAAUAUCAUGAUUUGUAGUGUUGAAUACAGCACUGAGAUCAAGUAAAACAAGUAACGAGAUGCGGCGUUGGUUAGCAGCUAAGAGUAAAUCAUUAGUUAUGUUCACUAAAGCAGUUUCCAUACCAUGAUGAGGCCUGGCAAAAUUCUUGUUCAUCUGUAGAAAGGAGCUUCAUAAAAAACCUUUUCUAGUAUUUUAGACAUUAGUGGAAAAUCAUGUUGGUUGGUGACCACCAUGACUAUGAUAAUGGUGAGAGAUCAUCACUUAUGGGUAAGAAGACUAUUUCCCCUUUUAUAAUGUGUACAGGAAUAUCUGAAACAUUGUGUUCUUAUAAAUUUUUUAUUUAUUGUGAUUAUAAAAAAAACAAGGGCAGAUUUUUAUCAAUACAGUGUGGCUGUUUUCACACCAUGCAGCCAUAGAAAUCUUUAACUCCCCUGGAUUUAAAGAGUUAAGUAUUACCAUCUUUUAAUCCCUUCGGCCAAUCAGGUUUUCACAAAUGUCUUGCUUGCUUGUGUGAUGGAAAUUUUAAUGAACAUCUUGAUGAACAUCAUGUUUUGUAGAAUGCAGAGAAGAAGUUUGGUACUGGCCAAGGCCAAUGCUGGAUACAUCGUAGCACUCCUAGUCGAGAGUUAGAAAAUCACAACAGAAUCUUUACUUUCACACCAAAAAUGAAUCUUUCCUGGAGUUUGGCAUGAAGGGUGAGUGUACAUGCACUGAGGGGUAUAAAACUGUCUGUUGGGAAGACUUAGACACAGUCUCUUACACAUUCACUCUGUGUGUUUAACAGGUAUUAUCCUGCGGGGUUCUUUUAAUGAACUACUUUUCUGCUUUGCUUUAACCCUUGUCUGACUGAAGUCAUUUUAGCAGAUUUCCACAACACUUGUGUGUCAUCACUGUAAGUAUAUACACUAAUGGACUAUCAAUUUUGUGAUUUUUAUAGCACACCUUGUUUUUUGGAAUGUUUUAGGGUACAAUGCAUUAAACCGUAUUUCUUGUU